AUGGACACUCUAUCCACUGCACAGCCUGAGAAUAUCCCUCCAAACUAUGAAGAUCUCCCUCUAUUCACACCUCACUCUGCCAAGGCUUCUUGGCUCGCCUACGGCGACUGUGUCCUUUUCAUGCUAAUAGUAGCCGUUAUCGCGGGGCAGUUGAUACAACAGAAACGAGCCGAAAGACGUGGAGGAGAUGCUGCCCCGGCAGUGUCGCUCACUGGUAGCCACACGCGCAAGCUCUUCCUUAUCGGUUUAUGCCUAUCAAAUCUAGCCAGAGCAGUGAGCAUGAUCGUCGAUGCUGUCGUUCAUAAUGAGGUUAGAGAGCAUGUAUGGGAGCAUUCUGUCCAGGGCUGGACCAACUACUGCUUCAUGGACUUCCCUUCUCUGCUCUUCCUCUCAACCUACAGCAUCGUUAUACUAUUCUGGGCUCAAGUGUACUAUGCAGCCAUCUUAGUAUCAUAUCCCUUGUUACGGCCACUCUGCAUUUUUUUCAACAUUGCAGUAUAUGGUGUUUUUGUGAUUAUAUCGGCAGUCACUUUCCUUCUCGAAGCGUGGCAUCAAUAUAGUCAGUACAUAUUUUUUAUAGUGGGUCUGCUUUACCUUCUCUGCGCUAUAUUAUUCUUCUAUUACGGGAUACAGGUAGCGGUGCAGUUGAAAGACCGAUCUCGAAGACAGCGCUCAAUGGCCGGAGUGUCGCCGACUGAGGCCAGCAAUAAUCAUGCGGUUCUCAGUCGAGUUCUUAUUCUGACAGUGACGUGCCCGCUCAUAUUUCUCAUAAGAGGUAUGUUAUGUCUACUCUACGGAGUCGGGGUCAUGAAGACGUACGGUCCUUCGAACGUUGAUCGCCUGGCUUGGGACUCUCUGGUCUACUGUAUCACGGAAUGGAUACCUUCGCUGCUCAUUCUUAUAGUCUUCUGGCCUGCCACUCGACCUUCUGGUCGAGCUGGAGUCCAUGGUGGUGGCUAUCAAUCGGAUUAUGGUAACCUAUCCUCGAGCUAUGAUUCUCUAGUGUCGCCUCUUAUCGGAUCACACACGGGGUCGAACCAGGAUAUAGAGGCCAACAGGAAGCAGAUUAGGAUAGAGCAGGAACAAACGAGAUAAUAAUGCCUUGAUCAAAGUCGUACCUAAAUUACCUCAUGCCAAUCCCGUGGGCCCUAACAAACCUGCCAUCGAUUUACCACCUGGAGGCUCAGAGCAGGCUAACAUUUCGAAUGGCCGGAAAGGACGGUCUUGGAGUCAUCAGUUACGCGAUG